AUUGCCACUCAACAAACAAAUAGCGCCACUUUUUGGAGUUAAAAAUAGAGGCGGAGGAAAAACUAGAAUCUCAUCGCAUAUCUAUUUCAUAUAACUUCUUAAUACCUUUUCCGGCUUUCCUCCGACGUCUCCCCCACCGCCACCGCCGAUAUAGUUUAUUCUAUUCGCUCAUUGUAUAGCGGCGACUUCCGUUAUCGAAUUUGUAAUCGCUACUGCUCUUUUUUUUUUUUUUUUUUUUUGGCUUCUUUGGGGAAGCAGAGGUAUACUGACUGUCUGCAUAACUUAUACUCUAAUUUCAUUUACUUUCUUAGCUAUGUGUCUUUAUUUUCCCGUUCGAGUUCUUCGCGUCAGUGUUUAUCGGAAGAAGAACUAUAAUCUGAAUGUCUGAUCCUACUAACUACACCGUGAUGGUUAAAGAAUUUUAUAUUCUAUUGCAUGUUGAUUAGAAGUUUAGGCGUGAUUGUAUUCGUUAGUCUGGAAUUUUUCUUGGCUUUUGGUUCUCUCUGCUGAAGUUAUAGAUUAGUCGAUAUUUCGUAGUUGAAUUCUCUUACAUGGCGGUAUUUGGAACAUCGUGUUCUGUGGAAUUCGGGAAUGAAGUAGUUUUGGGGAAGAUGAUGUGGAGUAAGGGGGUGGCUUUCGGCUGUGGAAGCUUUAGAAGUGUGGUGAAGGAAGUUGGAUAUCCAUUAUCGGAUCGAAAAGGUAUUGGAAGGAGCAUAACUGUAAAAAGGAAAAACAAGUUCUCGGUUGUGAUGAAUUUUUCGCAGUCGCAUUUGAAUUCGGACGCUCCAGCAGCUGCUGUUAGUGUUACUCUGUCGAAGGAAGAAGAGGACGCCAUUAGAGGAAAGGAUUUUAGAAGUAUGGAGAUGUCAGAAGUGGACAAGGAUAAACAUGACGGAGAGUUAAUUGAUGGCGACGGUGGCAAUGGAACUUAUAAUAACGGUGGAGGAGGUGGUGGUGGCGGCGGUGGUGAUGGCGGGGAUGACAGCAGAGGAGACAAAGAAGAAGAGGAAUUUGGUCCAAUUAUGAAAUUUGAGGAAGUGAUGAAAGAGUUGGAAUCACGAGGGGUGACUCUUCCUUCUGAUAUGUUAGAGGCAGCUAAGAGCGAGGGAAUUCGCAAGUUGCUGCUGCUUAGAUAUUUGGAGAUGCAGGGUUUAGGCUGGCCUCUCGGCUUUUUGAUGAGAUCCUGCGCUUUGAUUCGAAACAGGGUUCUGGCGGAUCCAUCAUUUUUCUUCAAAGUCGGUGUGGAGUUAGUUAUUGAUUCUUGCUGUGCUACUUUUGCGGAAGUUCAAAAGAGAGGCAAAGAUUUCUGGACAGAAUUUGAGCUUUAUCUUGCUGAUAUUUUGGUUGGCGUGGCAGUUAACUUUGCUUUGGUUGCCCUGUUGGCACCUUAUGCUCGUUUUGGGCAACCAUCUGUGUCGAAAGGUUUCCUUGGACGCAUUCAACAUGCUUGUGAAGCACUACCUAGCAGUGUUUUUGAAGCUGAACGACCAGGAUGUAGAUUUUCUGUACAACAAAGAAUUGCCACAUUUUUCUAUAAGGGACUCGUGUAUGGCGUAGUAGGAUUUGGAUGUGGUAUAAUCGGUCAAGGCAUUGCAAAUUUAAUAAUGACUGCAAAAAGGAGCAUAAAGAAAUCUGAAGAUGAAGUACCAGUGCCCCCUCUCUUUAAGAGCGCAGCUCUUUGGGGUGUUUUUCUCGCAUUAUCUUCAAACACGCGAUACCAGAUCAUCAAUGGACUGGAACGUGUAGUGGAAUCAUCUCCACUAGCAAAGAAUAUUCCAGCAGUUGCAAUGGCUUUCACAGUUGGCAUUCGAUUUGGCAAUAACGUGUAUGCUGGAAUGCAAUUUAUCGACUGGGCUAGAUGGAGUGGAGUACAGUAAGACCAUCUAAACAACAAUAAGAUACCAUUUAUGUCUCCUAGGAGCCAAGAAAAUAGUUCACAGGAAAAAAAAGGGUGCUGCACUCUAAUCGCCUAUAAUCUCAAUUCAUGAAGACCAUCCCCUCAACCCCACAGGUGUAACUUAUGCUUUUGACAUUUACUGUAAUAUCUCCGGAGAACUACUGUAAAAUUAAUAUCUUCCAGCAAUAAAAAGGUUAGCGUAAUUCACGAACA